AUGAAGGCCAUGCUGCCAGGAGCCCUGGGUGGCACACGGGAGAUAGACCAGUUGCGUAACAUGGAUUUAGAAACAUAUUCACAAGCCCUUGGGGAGGCCCGACGUCUUGGCAACUUUAGUAGAAUGGAAUCAGUGGACAGCAGGCUGUCUGAAGCUCGCCAUCGCAUGUUUGAGAAAGUCAUCAGCCAUAUGACGACUCAGGAGAAGACAGAUCCACUGAACAGAUUCCCUAAUGCGUCCAGGGAUCGUGUGGCACGGUCUGUGGGCUGCUCCCGAUACGAGGUGGAAGAUUGUAUCAACUCAUUCCUUCAGCUGAAGAUCCUUGCAGGCAAGGUCGCUGAGCUGAAGGCCCAGGGCAAGCCAAUACCAACAUCACCAGCAGAUUUGCAGGGCGCUGUUGGAGAGGAGUGGGACAAGAUGAUGAGAGACCGGAUGCACGAGUCCAAAGUGCAAGCCACACCUGCUAUUCAGGUGGAUGACGGGAUGCAUGGGCCAGGCAUGCAGCCCUGCCCCUUUGCGAACCAGAGGGUUAACCGCAACACCAUCUGUCCGCUGACAAAGAAGAAAUUCAAGCGAUGCUGUGGCUCUGUCUACUCCAUACAAACUUGA